UGUGUGUGUGUGUGACAGGGAGAGAGAGCGCGAGAGGAGAGCGAGAGAGCGAGCUGCGAGCUGUGCUGCCGCCGCCGCUGCCCUUUGAUCCCGACAUUAGUGUUAGGGGCUCGGAGACACAGCGCGCGGCCAUAGACACCGCCGCACCGGCGCUCGUUUAUUACACCUCCCGUCACACGCGAGCCCGGGGCACACACACUCACACCUAUUAGAUCCGUUUCCAUUGAAGAAUAUUACGCUCGGGGACAAGCCAGGUGCACGACCAAAAAAUUAAAAAAAAAAAAAAAAAAAAGAAGGAAAAAAAAAAAAGAAAGAAAGAAAGAAAGGAAAGAAGAGAAGAAAACCCCUCUUCUGGCUCCAGGAAACAAGCUUCAGCCCAUUGCACACACCGGAGAGAAGGGGUUUCCCCCUGCCCGCCCCCCAACUACCUCCCCGCUCCUGCCAGUGUCUGCCUGUCUGCCCCCACGGGGGUUUAUUUGAUCUCACAUUAACCAAGGAGGAGAAUGUGAGAAAAGGGGAAAAUGCCCAGGAGGAAGCAGGAGCAGCCCAAGCGCCUUCCCUCACAUGUUAGUAGGCAGGACGAGGCCGAGGGAGAUUUCAGCGAAGGAGAACACUGGUAUGGGAACUCCUCUGAGACUCCAUCGGAAGCAUCCUAUGGGGAAGUCCAAGAGAACUAUAAGCUGUCCCUGGAGGACCGGAUCCAAGAGCAAUCCACAUCCCCCGACACCUCCCUGGGCAGCGCCACGCCCAGCAGCCACACGCUGGAGCUGGUGGCCCUUGAUGGUGAGGUCCUUCGAGACUCUCUGCAGUGUCAAGACCACCUUUCCCCCGGAGUGUCUUCUGUGUGUGACGAUGACCCGCCUAGUUCCAAUAAACCUCUGAGCAGCAACCUGAGGCGGCUGCUGGAGGCUGGGUCCCUCAAACUCGAUGCCACAGCCAACGGCAGGGUGGAGUCCCCCGUGAACGUUGGCCCCAGCCUGUCAUUUUCCCCGCCCUCCCACCAUGCCCAGCAACUCAGUGUCCUGGCCAGGAAGCUGGCAGAGAAGCAGGACCAGAGCGACCAAUACACCCCAAGUAACCGUUUCAUUUGGAAUCAAGGUAAGUGGUUGCCGAGCUCAACCACCACCUGCGGCCUGUCUCCAGACUCGGCCAUCCUCAAACUGAAAGCCGCAGCCAAUGCUGUUCUGCAGGACAAGUCCCUGUCCCGGACAGAGGAGAGCCUGAGGUUUGAGUCCUUUUCCUCCCCCUUCAGCUCCCAGUCGGCCAGCUCCACCUUGGCCGCUUUGUCUAAGAAAGUGAGCGAGAGAAGCCUCACCCCGGGUCAGGAGCACCCGCCUCCAGCCAGCUCUUUCCUGUCGCUGGCCUCCAUGACCUCCUCUGCCGCCCUCCUGAAAGAGGUGGCCGCCCGGGCCGCGGGCAGCCUCCUGGCCGAGAAGUCAUCCUUAUUACCCGACGACCCUCUGCCCCUGCCGCCUUCUGAGAAGAAGCCAGAGAAAGUCACGCCCCCUCCGCCGCCCGCGCCCCCGGCGCCGGCGCAGCCUCAGUCCUUGGAACUGCUGUUACUUCCGGUUUCCAAGGGACGCGUCUCCAAACCCUCGAGUUCAGCCCCAGAAGAAGAAAGCGGGAAGCCUUUCCAGUGCCCAAUAUGUGGUUUGGUUAUAAAAAGGAAGAGUUAUUGGAAACGGCAUAUGGUGAUUCACACAGGCUUAAAAAGUCACCAGUGUCCACUCUGUCCAUUCCGGUGUGCUCGCAAGGACAAUCUGAAAUCCCACAUGAAGGUUCAUCAGCACCAGGACCGGGGAGAGACCUUUCAGUGCCAGCUGUGCCCUUUCACUUCCUCACGCCACUUCAGCCUGAAACUGCACAUGCGUUGCCAUCAGCACUUCCUGAGGACAGAGGCCAAGGUGAAGGAGGAGAUCCCAGACCCAGAUGUCAAGGGAUCUCCCCACCUCAGUGACAGUGGCUGCCUGGGGCAGCAGAGGGAAGGAGGAGGGACAGAGCUAGUGGGGACCGUGAUGACGUCCAAUACUCCAGAGAGGACUGGCCAGGGUGGGGCUGGCUUUGCACCUUUGCUGGUGAAGGAGGAGCCCAAGGAAGAUAACGGCCCGCCUACCUCCUUUACCCCGAAUGCUGCCGACAGGCCCGCCAACCACACAAAGCUGAAAGACCCCUCCGAGUAUGUGUCCAACAGUGCGGCAGCGUUGUUCAGCCAGGACAUCUCGGUUAAGAUGGCCUCCGAUUUUCUCAUGAAGCUGUCAGCUGCAAACCAGAAGGAGCCUAUGAAUCUUAAUUUUAAAGUGAAGGAGGAGCCCAAGGAAGAGGAGCCGCUAAGUACGCCUUUGCCUCGGUCCAGCUACGUGUUUAGCCCGGAACCGGAAGUGGCGGCCCCUAACGUCUCCGAGGACCCACUAUCACCCCAGGACGGCAAGGGGAGUGUGCUGAGGCGGGACAUGUCGGCCAAAGCUGCCUCGGAACUUCUCAUGAAACUCUCAGCGGAAAGCUACAAGGAGACGCAGACAGUGAAGGUUAAAGAAGAGCCCAUGGAGGUGGAUAUCCAGGACUCCCCGGUCUCCAUAUCACCCAGCCGGAACGUUGGCUACAGCACUUUAAUGGGGCGAGAGAAAACUGAACCCUUACAGAAGCUUCCAGAAGGUAGAGUUCCCCCAGAGAGAAAUCUCUUCAGCCAGGACAUCUCUGUGAAGAUGGCUUCUGAGCUUCUUUUUCAACUCUCAGAAAAAGUGAGCAAAGAACACAAUCACACGAAAGAAAACACCAUCCGGACGACCACCAGCCCUUUCUUUUCAGAAGACACAUUUAGACAAUCACCAUUCACCUCCAAUUCAAAAGAUGUGCUGCCCGGCGAAUCUGUGCUGCACGGAAGACUAUCGGCUCCAGAGACAGAAAAGAUUGUCCUUGAGGCAGGAAACGGACUGCCGUCCUGGAAGUUCAGUGACCAGCUCUUUCCUUGCGAUGUGUGUGGAAAAGUGUUCGGCCGACAGCAGACAUUGUCUAGACACCUCUCACUGCACACAGAGGAAAGAAAGUACAAAUGCCACUUGUGCCCCUAUGCUGCUAAGUGCCGUGCGAAUCUGAACCAGCACUUGACCGUGCACUCCGUGAAGCUGGUGAGCACCGACGCUGAGGACAUCGUCAGUGCCGUCACUUCCGAAGGCGGGGACGGGAAGAGACAUCCUUAUUAUUACAGUUGCCAUGUGUGUGGAUUUGAGACCGAGCUCAAUGUCCAGUUUGUAAGCCACAUGUCGCUCCACGUGGACAAGGAGCAGUGGAUGUUCUCCAUCUGCUGCACGGCCUGUGACUUUGUCACCAUGGAGGAAGCAGAGAUAAAGAAUCACAUUGGCACCAAGCAUGCAGGGGAUGAUAGGAAGACCCCCAGUGAGUCAAACAGCCCCUCCUCGUCCUCGCUGUCAACGCUGAGCGAUUCAGCCAAUGGCAAAGACGACUCUGACAGCUCCCAGAAAAACAAGGGUGGGAACAACUUGCUGGUCAUCUCUGUGGUGCCUGGGAGCCAGCCCACACUGAACACGGAGGAGAAGGCAGAGAAAGGGUUCGAAUGCGUUUUUUGCAACUUUGUCUGCAAGACGAAGAAUAUGUUUGAGCGCCAUCUACAAAUCCACCUCAUCACCCGGAUGUUUGAGUGUGAUGUGUGCCACAAGUUCAUGAAGACCCCCGAACAGCUGCUGGAGCAUAAGAAAUGCCACACUGUCCCCACCGGUGGGCUCAAGUGCCCGUUCUGCAUCUAUUCCACCAACCGCCCUGCUGCCAUGGAGUGCCACCUCAAGACCCACUACAAGAUGGAGUACAAGUGCCGGAUCUGCCAGACAGUGAAGGCCAACCAGCUGGAGCUGGAGACGCACACCCGUGAGCAUCGCCUGGGCAACCACUACAAGUGCGACCAGUGCGGCUACCUGUCCAAGACGGCCAACAAGCUCAUCGAGCAUGUGCGCGUGCACACCGGGGAGCGGCCCUUCCACUGUGACCAGUGCAGCUACAGCUGCAAGCGCAAGGACAAUCUGAAUCUGCACAAGAAGCUGAAGCACGCCCCCCGCCAGACCUUCAGCUGCGGAGAGUGCCUGUUCAAGACCACACACCCUUUCGUCUUCAGCCGCCAUGUGAAGAAGCACCAGAGUGGAGACGGCCCCGAGGAGGACAAGAAGGGCCCGAGUCCAGCCUCGGGAGAGCCCGCCGGCCCUGGAGCCCCGCUGCUGGUUGUGGGCGGCAGCCGGAAUCUCCUGUCCCCGCUGUCCGUCAUGUCUGCCUCACAGGCUCUGCAGACCGUGGCCCUGUCGGCAGCCCACGGCAGCAGCUCAGAGCCCAACCUGGCGCUCAAGGCCUUGGCCUUCAAUGGCUCCCCGCUGCGUCUUGACAAAUAUCGGAACUCAGAUUUUGCCCAUCUCAUUCCCUUAACAAUGUUGUACCCCAAAACCCACCUGGAUCUCACAUUCCACCCUCCCCGACCUCAGACUGCGCCUCCCAGCAUCCCCUCGCCUAAACACUCCUUCCUUGCCUAUCUUGGACUAAGAGAAAGAGCAGAGACUGUCUGAGGACAGCCAUGUUCUGUACCAAAAACCAAGAGACAGAGACAGGAAAAGACGAAAACCCACAAAACUUAAACACAACCCCAGCAGGUGUCUGUUGCUGCAAAAACCUCCAGGCCCCAGGGGUCUGGACACAUGUACUGUGUAUCUUUAGUAAGGAAUAGAAAACUGGCUCUGUAUGUAUGCCUAUUGCAUUUACCUGAAAGCUGCUUUAUCCAAUCUCCAGAGAGGUGAUCUGCUGCCUACUUCUACCUUCAGAGGCAUGCCUCCCAGCCAUCACUCCCACUCUCCCUUCCCCACUCCUCUCUGAAAGGAAUUUUGUCAUGUCAACCCCUAAAGAGAGUGUCCUUAAUCACAGUCAGCAUUUGGAAGCUUCUCUACUGGUACAGUGGGUUUUCUGUCGGGUGAGUGGGCUCUUGUGGGCAUUUGUGGAUUGCGAGAGAGAGAGAGAGAGAGAGAGAGAGAGAGAGGGGGAGAGAGAGGGUAUGUGUGUACGGUGUAUGACAUGACAUUUCUAUUGCACGUUCUUUCUGUACUGGCCUCAUUGACAGUGAUGAACAUUCUUGAUUCCGCCUGGACUGUUUGCUCACUGCAGGGUCCCACCCCUCCACGGCCUUCCCCCUGUCACUGAUGGCUGCAGAGUGGGAGGGCCUGGUGCCUAGUGGAUGAAGGUCUGCGGGGUGCCAGGGUAUUUCCAGUAGAGUGUCUGGAGCUCAGAUCUCCACUUAGGAGGGUGAACAAGAAAAUCAGGAGACAGAUCUCUUCAGAAAUGCCUCAAAGCUCUGCAGCUGACAUCACAGAACCGGGGGUUCUGUGCGUGUGCCCACAUGAAGACAAGGUGUUCAGCUCACACACACACACACACACACACACACACACACACACACACGGGAAUUUAUCCUUUUUAAAGGGCAGAAUAUGUGUGUGUGUGGUCUAUUGAUUCAGUUGUUCUCAUUGUUUGCAGGAGAAAUUUGUAUGAGUGGAAAUUGUUAUGGUUGAUAAAUCCAGCCAAGGAGAUUAAGGGGUUUGGAUCAACUCUGGGUGUAAAAGCUCAGACUAAAAAGAAACGGCAGCUUUGCACAGUGUGUUGGUCUUGCACUAGUUUUGUUCCUCAUGGGGGAAAAGGAAUAAGUAGAAGAGAAGGAAGGAAAUGACCUUUUUAUGGAAUGAGUAGACUGUAUGUUUGAAAUUUUAGCCACGACCUCUCUGACGUAUACGGAAGGACACAACAAAAGGUGCUGUUUAGUCCUAAGCCUCAGCUGAUGGCCCAGGAGUCCCCACUGUUUGCAGAGCCUCUGGCUAGAGCGCACCCGCUAUGUGUUAGUAACCCCGUAUUCCAUUUUGUUAACGCCUAGCAGAUGGGACCUGCUAGGAGGCUCACUUUAUACUUAUUUAAAGCUCUUAUUCUGUGGUCGUUAAAAUGGCAGUUUGUGUGCAGCACUUUAUUGCAGCAAGAGCAGGUAUGAUCCGGUUGCGUAGCCCUUUGCCCAUCUUAAAAAGUAAUGGAUGGUUUGAAAAGGAAAAGGAAUUUGGCUGACUGUGUCCACUGCUUGCAUUUGUGAGACAGCAGAGUUUCCAGUAUGCAGCAGGCUGAAAGAGCAGGAAGAAAUGUGCUCUGUGAAAAAAUGGGAAGUUUGGAAUACAAAAGUUUCUAUAUUAUUUAUCAGUGGAAGAGCUGGUGUCCAGGAGGAAUGCCUUCCAACCGGUGCCAUUUUCUCACACUGUCCCAUCCUCCACGUGGGAUAAUGCCCUCCUUUUUGUUGUCGUUCCUUUAACCAGGGGGAAAUAAAAGCAUCCCUGAUUUUCUCUAGUCCAGAUUGCUUCAUUGAAAUUCAUGCAGUCUGACUGGAAGCCCGAGAGCCCACAUUCCGCAUCAUUGUUCCUCUCUCCCGACCUGGCAGGUCUCUGCUUCCCUCCCCACACCCCACGCCCAGCCAUGGGUGAGGAGCCUGGUUAGUGCCCUGGCAAAGGAGUUUACACUACAGAGAUGUCCGCAAAGCAGGGAGAACCAGCUUGGCCAGGAAGGCCCCAGAGCCUGUCAUUCUCCAGCAGAGACCUUUGCUCUUGGCCUUGUUUAACAUGUUCGAUUCACCAUGUCGAUGUCUCGGCAAAGACACUAUAGAUAGUUCUGGACAGUGUGCCCCAAGGUCACUGGCUUUAUGGGUGGGUUCGUUGUUUUCUUAUUUGCUUUUGUUUUUUGUUUUAGAGUCGUGUCUUUAUUCCCAUUUAAUGGAGAAUGUGCCACUUGGCUAAUAAUGUGUUUUCAAAACCGCAGGUUCAGUGAUAACAGGCAAGGAGCUGCUUUGAUCCCUCAAAGGUUGACAGAAAGGUGAUUCACAGAUGCACCGACAGGUUAAGAACCUGAUUGGUGACUCUGGUCACGAGGACCCGGGUUUUUCAGCAUGCCACGUGUGCAGUCAGAGGUCUUUGGGUGGGGACGUGAGAGAGGGGAGGUGGCCGGAGACGUUUGCUGCUCAGAUGCCAUGCAUUUCACUGCUUGCCACUGAACCUGUAUUUGAAUGACUUAGUAAUGCUUAAUGUAAUUGGGCAACUUUUUUAGCACUUUGGAAAGAGUCAUCAAUCUUUCUGGUAAAUUAUAAAAAGUUUUCUGAGUGAGAAAACAUGUGUUUGCAGUUUAUUUGACUUUUUAUAUUAUUAUUGUUGUUAUUAAUAAAGAAGAAAAUCUACAGCAUUUUUCAGAGUCCACAUGGAUAAAAUGUGCCCCUGAAUCCGGUUUGCAGUCAGAUGCUCCGGGAAGGAUGGAUUCUACAGAUGUCCUUCCCAUGAAAAACACUAACAUCUUUUAGUAACUCCACUAGCAACUUUCAGUUCCACUCCGCAUUCUUCCAUGAACGCUGGCUUGGUUUCCCGUAGAGUAAUGCAGUUAGGGUUCUCGGCACUUUCUUUCCCCUGUCCUUUCUUUUCAUUCUUUCUUUUCUUUUGUUUUUUUAUUCCUCAUGUUCAGAUGAUCAUACUGUCAAGGUUUAUGUACAUUACUGAGAAUUUGUAUUGUAUAAAGCUUUUGCAUUACAAGGCUGUACAGGGUCAUUUUGACAGUAACUGGUAUUUUCCUUUGCAUCUUACGUUGCAUUGCCAAUUUCUAGUGUACCGAGUUUGGAAGUAUAAUAUACUCUAAUUAAAGAAAAAGGUUGGCUAUA